AUGGACCUCUACUGGCACAACCUCACUUACCUGAUCUGGCAAGGCACCACUGUCUCCAUCCAACUGCUAGAACAAUGGCUGAGCGGACAACAGUCCUUGAAAAGGCCGUCAAAGCUCAGCCAUAUGAUCCAGACAUGGAACCACUUCCAACUCUCAUACCUAGCGACCGGCCGAUCCCUAGAUUACCAGUUCAUAACGCAUAUCGCUGCUCAGAAAGCGAUUCCGUUAUACAGCUCGGAGUCCUAUAAGCGUACAAGAACGCUGUUAAAAGAAGCAUCUAAAAUGAACGAGGAGCCGUCUAAGAAGAUGCCCUGGCACAGCAACCACUGGAUUAAACCUAUUACAACCCGUCAAGUGCCAACGAUUAUUCCUAUUUGGGUCUCACAAUGCGAACUUUAUCGUGACACCCGAGUAAGUCGCGCGGUGGAUACGGCAGUCGCAGCACUUGGGCAAAACAGAGUUGAUUCGAUCCCAGAUCAAUGCACCUCUCUCUGUGCGGACAGGAUUGCUGAGGUAGAGGAUCAGGUUGUGCCAGAUACCGAUGACAAGACGGAGCGCUCCCCGUGGCUUGAGGCUACUCGGUAG